GAGGCUAGAGGACUGCAGGUAAUGUACCCGUUGUUUACUGUUAUUGCCGGUUUAGCUUCCCAAUUAGCCUACGCGGAGUUUCAGGAGAAAGCUCAACAAACCAGUAAUACAAAUAGAUUUAGGAUUACAUUGAAGAUGGCCACUCCAACAUCCAGCAGAGCAACCAAGAGGAGCACGUCGGCCGGUGUUUCUGAUCCUCCGUCAAAAUUAUCCAAAGUCACAUUUUUGAGUCCAACCCUCAUCCUCCUGGAAAUUCCUUCUGAAACCAACAUUAACCUCCCGGUGUGGGAAGCCAUGAGAUCCCAGCACAUGGACGUCACCUGGACAGUUAACCCUUAUAGCAUAGGCGUUCAGUUCACCCCCAAGACCUCGAAACCAGGGAGGGACCCUUCCACCGACGCUGUGCUGAAUUCAAUGGUCUCCUCCAACAUCCUGCAGCCUCACAUGGUCAUCCAGUCCAUUAUGCCGCAUCACGAUGUAGACCAGAACACCACUCGCGUCUUGCUUACGUUCUCCCAAAACAACACACAAGUAUUACUGGGCCAACCAUCCAAUAUACCUUUUAACUCUGAGCCAGCUGCCUCCCUCGUCCUCUCGCUCCCUCUCAUCAUCACCCAACCUCCACCUGUCCACUCAUUUACCGCUAUAACCCCCAGAAGGGGUGGCUUAUCUGUCACCCAGCCCACAACGACAAGAUCGUCCAAAGCCCCCAUCAACUCUUUGUUCCACAUUAGGGGUUCCUCUGACAUCCAAAUCUGUGACGACUUCCUCCUGAACAAGUGUACUGACGGCAAGAAGUGUAAGAAGCACCACACCCCAUAUCAGUUCCACUGGCAGUUGUUUUGUGCGCUGACCCACGUAUGGGUCGACCUCCCCCCUCAGACUCAGGUCUUAAUGGAAAAGCUUUACUGCGAUGUGGACCAAGACGAGGUCCAUAUCAAGGACGGAAAUGAUUCCUACACCCUACGCUUUGACACAAUGGAGUUGGACAAGGCAUACAACUAUGAGAAAGUGAGACGACUCACCAACUCGGACAGCGAGGAGAAAAAUCCCUACUUCCCCACCAAAUGGAGACUAUUCUGGUGGAACAGCACCAACUGGGAGGAAUAUGACAAGGUCGUAUCCACUCUACUGCUAAAGAAGAUCCUCGACAAGGAACAGGUGUGCAAGUUCUCCAUCAACUCAAAGGAGUACACGGUGGACUUCACCACCAUGACCCAGACCAGUGCUAAAAGCGGGUUCUGCAGGGGGAUUCGACGCCGACCAAAGUUUUACUCCCCUGUAUUAAGGCAGUUUUACCAUGGGUUAGGGAUGCUGGCUGAGUCUGCUGAUGAUCCACCACGUCUGAACUUCAAUGUGAACCCGUUUGAGGACUUCACUUCCUGGAAUCCCCCAGUGUGGUGUCCCAUUCUUGAGGAGGAGGAGGUCAGCCUUGUGGACGUUCCGUCUAGGACACGGGCCUAUCGGAGCAUCCACAGCCUCUUUUUCCAGAGCCUGCCUGAGACAAAGCUGGACAUAAUCAGCAUCCAGCAGGUCCAGAACCUGUUCCAGUGGGACAGGUACCAAAGGACCAAGCUGUUCAUGCAGAAGCAUCACAUCAGAUCUAAGGAGCCUCUGGAGAGACACGUCUUCCACGGAACCACCAAAGAGGCAGCAGAGGACAUCUGCCACAACAACUUUGACCCCCGCCUGGCCGGCGUCAACGGAGUCUCUUAUGGCUACGGCUCGUACUUCGCCAUCAACUCCUCCUUCUCCAACACUUACACGGCUCGGGAGGGGCAAACCGUGAUCCGUCACAUGUUCCUGGCUAAGGUCCUUGUGGGAAAGGUGAUCGUGGGGCAGAACAUCUUCCGCCGGCCGCCGCCCCUCAACACCAGGACAAAGCAUCGGCUCUACGACACCUGCGUAGACAACCUGGAGAAGCCUACCAUGUUUGUGGUCUUUGACAGCGCUCAGUGUUACCCUUAUUAUCUCAUUAAGUACAAAGAGAUUUCCAAAGAGAUCGUUAUUUGAUCACAGUCAUACAUCGAAUAUAGGAAAUAGCUGCAGUCGUCCAGCCUAGAGAUAAAAGGAGCUAAAAAAAAACCCCAGUGUGGUUUUAACACCUAAUGUUGCACUUCAAUCUGCGGCCACUCUGCCCU